CCACAUUCCGUUCCAUUUGGAAGGGCAGCAACAUAUCACAUCUGUUCGUGGCAUCGUCACAAUCAAAACAAACCUGAGAGGAACAUCGUUCUAGAAGGUUGACGAAAAUAAUUUUGAAAUUUACCCACUAUUUUAAGGUAAAAUUAUCACCGAGCCCAGUGCAAUAGUGCAUUUUUCGCAGUCAUGAUCGCCGGUGGACACGGUGAACCCAAUCCGAACUCCUCGUGGAUGGAUUCCCGGGGUCUUUGGCUGGCCUAUGUGCUCGGUAUAAUUAUAUUCCACAUCGUAGUCCUGGCAGUGCCGUUCAUUGAUAUUCCUUACGCCUGGACGAUCACGAAUAUUACCCACAAUUUGGCACAUCUCUACUUCUUGCACUCGAUAAAGGGCGCACCGUGGAUGAGUAUCGAUACCGGGGACUCGCGAAAGUAUACUCACUGGGAGCAGAUCAACCACGGGGAACAGUUCACUGCAACGCGGAAGUUCCUGACGGCAGCGCCGAUCAUUUUGUUCCUGCUGACGUGCAUGUACACCCGGAACGACACCGACCAUUUCAUCGCCAACUUCAUCUCGCUGGUUGUGGUGCUGGUACCGAAGCUACCGCAGUUCCACGGAGUUCGACUCUUCGGAAUCAACAAAUACUGAAUGGUCCAUGGUAGGGAUCGAUGGGACCCGGAACAGGGUCCGGACACAAAUAGCUACUAGCUGAAAGCAUCAUCACUCGUGGAAGAAAGUGGAAGUAACAGAUACUGGGAGUCGGACGUAGUUUGAAGUUUUUUAACUAUUUAUGUGUAUUACAUACAACCACUAUUCAUAACUUCGCAAAACUAAUUAGACUAUAUCUAUAUACAGAAUGUUUCUCAUGAAAAGGAUCUGUGGGAGAAUCCUACAAGUUUAUCAGAGGGAAUCAGAGGGAAUAGUUUUAUACUAACAACUUGUAGGAUAACGGGAACUUUAGACGUUGGUUUAUUGCGGGUGUGAUUUUUACCGAUCGGUAAUGUUUGGCUAUAGCCUGAAAACGGCAUUAUAUUUGAUUUGAUAUAUUCGAAAGACUUGUAACGGUGUACUAUGUGAUUGAGGUAUACUUUAUUCCUGUAAGGACAAACAAACAAUUUAGAAAUAA